UAUUCUCUACUUUAACAUUUUUGUGCACACCGAAGUCGGCGUCUGUGGUUCCGUUCUGACGAUUAAUUCCUCUUUUUAUUAUUUUAAUUUCUGUCGAGAGUACGCAUUAUUCCUUUAAGAUGUCGAUGUUUUGGGGUUUGAACAUGAAGCCUGAGCGCAAAUACUCGCAGACGAUCAUCAAGUCCUUCCACAUUUCGGGCGUCGCCCUCGACAAAGGCCAGGAGGCCAGGUUGUACCUGGCGGCCGAGAAGCAGGAGUACAUCGUUGCAACCGUGACCAAGGCCAUUCCCCAAGUGGCACUAGAUCUCAACUUCAGCAAGGGCGAUCGCAUUAUGUUUUACACUGCAGGCGACGCCAGCGUUUCCCUGUUGGGCUAUUUGCACGACAUUGACUCCGAAGAUGAAGACGAGGAUUUUACCCUCGAGAACUUACUGAAGGGCAAAAAGGAGGGCAAAAAAAACAAAAAGCCAGAAGAUGAUGAGAAUGAGAGCGGCGAGGAGGAGGAGGAGGAGGAUGAGGAUACUGACGACAGUCAGAUUAUAGGAGAAUACGAAUCCUUCCUCGAAAAUGGAGAAGACGAUGACGACGACGAUGAAGAAGAGGAUGGUGAUGAGAGCGGUGAGGAAGAAGACGAUGACAGCGACGAUUCAGAAGCAGAGGAAGAACAGCCAAAGGCCAAGGUGGCUAAGCUGUCGCCCGCUGCCAGUGCCAAGAAAUCGUCGAAGGAACAGAAUGGCGUGGCAAAGAAAGAAGAGGCCAAGCCGCAGCAAAAGAAAAAGGAGAAGUCUGAGACCAAGAAGGAACAGCCUAAAGCUAAGGAGCAGCCCAAGCAACAGACGACCGGAGAGCAGCGCAUCAUCAGCGGAGGCGUUAAGGUUCAGGAUGUGCUCGCCGGAAAGGGCGAGGAAGCCAAGCCGGGCAAACGCGUAUCCGUGUAUUACAUUGGUCGACUGCAGUCCAACAACAAGACAUUCGACAGCCUCCUGAAGGGCAAACCCUUCAAGUUCGCUCUGGGCGGCGGCGAAGUCAUUAAGGGCUGGGAUCUGGGCGUCGCCGGCAUGAAGGUGGGCGGCAAGCGCCGCAUUACCUGCCCCCCGGCCAUGGCCUACGGCUCUCGUGGAGCACCUCCCAAGAUUGGCCCUAACUCGACAUUGGUCUUCGAUGUGGAGUUGAAGGCAGUGCACUAAACGCACUCACUUAACAUCAUGUAGACUCGUAAUCAUAUAGCCUUUAAGUAUCCGCGUACAACUUGAUAAAAUAUUAAAUAAAAUCUGUUUUUUACGCUGUUCAUUAA